GGAAUUCUAAAAUCUUUUAAAGUCCAUUAAAAUAAUGUCUAAACGAGUAAGCACAUGAAAUUGAAAAAAAUAACGAGGAUGGUGGUCUCUGAUAUAAAAUGGUGGCGGUUCCGCGAUUAGGCUGUCAGUUCGCUCACAUCACUCCUUACGGUACUCUUUGUACAAAUUUCAAAUCCCUUCAAAAUCACUCAUAUUUCACUCCAUCAAAUUAUAUUGAGGAAAUCAAACGCUUCUCGAUCUCAGGCUCAGCUACAAUUUCAGUAAUGGCUUCUGCUGCUAAAAAGGUUUUGGUUCCGGUGGCGAACGGGACGGAGCCGAUUGAUGCGGUGGUGCAAAUUGACAUACUGCGGAGAGCUGGAGCCGAAGUUACGGUGGCUUCGGUGGAGAAUGAGCUUCGAGUCGAGGCCCUACACGGAGUCAAGAUCGUUGCAGAUUCGCUCAUUUCCGAUUGCGCCGAUACUGAGUUUGACCUCCUCUCUCUUCCGGGAGGGAUGCCUGGUGCGGCUACCCUUAGAGACUGCAAAACAUUGGAAAGCAUCUUCAGAAAACAUGCAGAAAGCAAACGGUUAUAUGCGGCAAUUUGUGCCUCUCCAGCAGUUGCACUUGGAUCGUGGGGACUGUUGAAGGGCCUUAAGGCAACUUGUUAUCCAUCAUUCAUGGAGCAACUUUCGCUUGCUGCAAAUGCUGUCGAUUCAAGAGUGCAGGUGGAUGGAAAUGUUAUCACAAGUCGUGGACCAGGAACUGUCAUGGAGUAUGCUGUUGCUCUGGUUGAGCAAUUGUAUGGAACAGAAAAAGCUAUUGAAGUUUCAAAGCCACUGGUAAUGCGCUCUAAUCACGGUGAUGGAUAUACAUAUGCUGAACUCAAUUCAGUAAAUUGGACAGUUACUAAUAACCCAGAGAUACUGGUACCCAUUGCCAAUGGAUCUGAGGAGAUGGAAGCUCUUAUUAUUGUUGAUGUACUUCGACGAGCUAAAGCUCAAGUAGUGGUGGCAUCUGUUGAAGAUACACUAGAGAUUGUUGCUUCUAGGAAAGUGAAAUUGAUUGCUGAUGUCCUGCUUGAGGAUGUUGCCCAGAGUACAUAUGAUCUGAUUGUCUUGCCUGGUGGGCUUGGCGGUGCCCAGUCAUUUGCAAACUCAGAAAAAUUGGUCAACAUGUUGAAAACCCAAAGAGAAUCAAACAAACCAUAUGGAGCAAUAUGUGCUUCCCCUGCCCUAGUCCUUGAACCACAUGGUUUGCUCAAGGGUAAAAAGGCUACCGCUUUUCCAGCAAUGUGCAAUAAGCUCUCAGAUCCAAGUGAAAUAGAGAAUAGGGUGAUAGUUGAUGGUUAUCUCAUCACAAGCAGAGGGCCGGGAACUACAAUGGAAUUUGCACUGGCCAUUGUGGAAAAGUUCUUUGGGCGCAGUAAAGCCCUAGACCUUGCCAACGGGAUGGUUUUUGUGCAGCAGUAAAACUAGGGAGGUGACUUCCUUCUGCGGCAGAGAGGGAAGAAACAAGACGUCAUACUACCAGUUUGAUUAAGAAACACCACAACUCUCAUAUAUGCAGCCUCCUGUCAGGGUAAAAGUUAUUCAAUAAGAGUUUUGAUAUGUGUAUAAUCCACUAUCUAAAAUGGUAUUCCACGGCACAGAAAGCCUCUCUUCACCAGUUUGUGUAAGAAUAUCAAUCACAACAGAACACUACGAGUAAUUUUUAAAGGAAGAUAUCUAUCUUCAGGGUCCAGUCAAUUGUUCACCUUCAUGCAGGUGGCAGAGCAAGUUUGACUUUCCAUAGUAGGUCCAAAGUUGAAAAAGUUAUAACAGGCCGACAGCCAUAUCUAUGAUCUAAUGACAAAUUUUGUAGCAAGUACAUUAUAUCAAAAUGUUAUAUUUAAGAAGCAUUUUAUUUAAAAAUUAGCUGUGUAAACUGGUCAUUUUCAGCCUUAUUUUUUCAUUAUUAUCAGCUUCGCUCGUAGUUAAACAGAAUAUUUUGAUUGCUAAUCAAAAUAAUACUCUGUAAGUAGAAAAAAUGGCGGCCACUUAGAUUGUUUAGGGAUCAGCGACGAAGGAGGUAGGAAACCGAUCGGCCAAGACUUCCCAACCAAGUUGCUACAAUUCAACGGCUUGUUGUCAAAAUCAACUUUAUAGGUAGUACAAAAAUAAGUUUUUAGUCUUGGUACUUUUUGUUUAAGAUGAUUAUAAUUUUCAUCUCUGCAUCAUACAAAAAUUUAUUUGUGACCCCCAUCUAGUUAAAAGAAGAUUUUGGGUUUAGAAAAAAUUAGAGAAAAUUUCCUAAAUAGUAGGGAUGGACUGGGCCAUGCCGAACCGGCCCGGAACCGAACCGGCCCUGUACUGUUCGGGGGAUAACAAGAAAGCAAAAAAAAAUAAGUAUUGAACCGGGCCCAGCCCGGCCCGGUUAGGCCCGGAACCGGAACCGGCCCGGCCCUGGUCCGGCCCGGAACCGGAACCGGCCCGGCCCGGGUCCAUCCCUACUAAAUAGGAGUAAAAAAGUUUUGAAAUUCCAAAAUAGGAGUACCAUGUUUUUUAUUCCUUGAAUAGAAGUAAAUUUUGCCAAGUUUGGCAUUACUAGGUUUUAAAACAUGACAUUUUUUCCAAACCUUAUAGAGUACUCAUAUUCAGGGAA